GGCUGGUGCUGCUUGCAGCCAGGGAGGUGCUGCUGCUUCUGAGGCUGCAGGAACGGGUCGCUGAGGGGAACCUGCGCUGUGCCAGCAACACAGAAUAGGAAUUCCUGCACUCUCUUGGACCCUUGCAGUUAAUGUUUUGCCAGGGAGACAAACAAGAGCUCGUUACAAAAUCCAACGUAAAAUAGACGAGGGAGACGCUGUGGAAUUGGACAGUGGAGUUCGCAUUUGUGUUUCCGUCUCAUCUCAUUCGCAAUUGUUCUGUCUCUUGAAGUAAAUGUCUUUUACUGAAAACCUCAAUGAGUCAUCAAACUUUUAAGUUGUCUGCUGUGAUCUAAUUAUUGGAACAAUAACUGGUCGCUGGUUAAAUAUCGCCAUCGCUGUCAUUGGAAGGCUUGCAUUUGGUUCUCCACUUCCAGUUGCAGAAUGGCUGGCUAUGGGUACUACAGGACCAGCAUCUUCACAGCCAUGUUUGUGGGUUAUACCCUGUACUACUUCAACAGAAAAACCUUCUCAUUUGUGAUGCCAUCGAUCAUGGAGGAGGUGACCUUGGAAAAAGAUGACUUGGGUUUGAUAACCAGUAGUCAGUCGCUAGCAUACGCCAUCAGCAAGUUUAUCAGCGGCGUGCUCUCCGAUCAGAUCAGUGCCCGACUGCUCUUCUGCACCGGACUCUUCCUGGUGGGAGUGAUCAACAUCAUUUUCUCCUGGAGUUCCACCGUCACUGCUUUUACCGCACUCUGGUUCCUUAAUGGACUGGCCCAAGGCUUUGGGUGGCCGCCCUGUGGGAAGAUCCUACGCAAGUGGUUUGAACCAGCGCAGUUUGGAACGUGGUGGGCUGUGUUGUCCACCAGUAUGAACUUGGCGGGCAGCCUGGGCCCACUGAUCGCCACCACCAUGGCUCUGAGCUACAGUUGGCGGGUUACUCUCUGCCUGUCCGGCUCCAUCGCCAUUGGGGUUGCCUUCAUCUGCCUGUUCUUCAUCGUCAACGAGCCGAUGGAUGUGGGACUACCCAACAUCGAACCGGGCGCGAAGAAAGGAGACAGGAAAGGGUCGACUGGACAUGAGAGCACCUUGAAGGAGUUGUUACUGACCCCAUAUCUAUGGGUGCUGAACAUUGGCUACAUGGUGGUGUUUGGUGCGAAAACCUGCUGCACAGAUUGGGGUCAGCUCUUCCUCAUCCAAGAGAAGGGACAAACUGCAAUUAUAGGGAGCUCGUUCAUGAGUGCACUUGAAGUUGGUGGUCUGCUGGGCAGUAUUACUGCUGGAUACCUGUCUGACAGAGCUGUCGCUCGGCAUGGACUUCGCAGUCAUGGCAACCCUCGACAUGAUCUGCUACUAUCCAUGAUGGGAGGAAUGGCCGUAUCGAUGUACCUCUUUAGAGUCACGGUAACUACUGAGUCUACCAAGGAGACUGAACUCUGGACAUUAAUCUUCCUGCCUCUGACUUAUGUCACUAAUUUUACUGAAGACGAGUUAUGGAUUCUCUCCUUGGGAGCCAUGUUUGGGUUCUGUUCCUAUGGGCCCAUUGCACUGUUUGGAGUGAUAGCGAACGAGUCUGCGCCUUCCAACCUGUCCGGCACGUCUCACGCCAUUGUGGCUCUCAUGGCAAACGUGGGGGGGUUCCUGGCCGGACUCCCGUUCAGCACCAUCGCGAAGAAAUACAGCUGGGACAUGGCCUUCUGGAUCGCUGAGGUGACGUGCGCUGUCACCACCGUGGCCUUCUUCCUGCUGAGGAACAUCCGCACCAAGAUGGGCCCCGUGCCCAAGAAGGAGGACUGAAAGCUGAGGCGCGUUCCUGCAGUGGAGAGCCUUCUGCUUUGAUCAUGUUGGUAAAAGCUCAGCUGUGAGUGUACUUCUGCGCACACUAUUACUCUCAGUCAGUAGGCUGCAGGUCCCACCACUAAAUUCCCACUUUCCCCAAGUUCCAUCUCAAUAGACAAUAGGUGCAGGAGCAGGCCAUUUGGCCCUUCGAGCCAGCAUUCUUAUAGGAUUCACCUAUAGGAAUCAGUGUAGACCUUGGCCCUGCUUAUUUAUAUAACUAAAAG